CAAAUAUCCAUUACACCUGAAAAAUUUAGUGGGCCGUAAUCUUCUGUAGACCGAGAUAAGCCCAUUAAAACGGCCCAUUGAGGCUACUGUGAACUUUUUGCUGGGAAGGUGCUGGCACAAGUGAACAAGACCUGGGUUGUUCGGGAAUAUUCUUGAAAUCCGGUAAGUCGUCGACUUGACUUUCCUCGAAAUAAAACUUCUGAACUUCUGAUAUCUCGACCGACGCAGAAUGUGGCCUCUAUAUAUGCUUUGAUUCUUUGUUUACCCCCAACAAUCAUCAGACGAAACUCUCUGUAUUCUGCCCCGAGAAACUCAUUCUUUCGUACUUUCGUAUUCUGUUCGAUUGGAUUGUUAUUUUACACUUUUAAGCCCCUAUAAUGGCGAAAGAAGGACCAAAUUGGGAUGGUUUACUAAAGUGGAGUCUUUCUCACGCUGAUGGUACUCGCCCAACCCGUAAUUUAAGUGAGGAAGAUAGGAAGUGGUUUAUGGAGGCUAUGCAAGCACAGACUAUUGACGUUGUCAAGCGAAUGAAGGAGAUAACCAUGGUUAUGCAAACUCCCGAGCAAGUACUUGAAUCUCAAGGGGUUACUCCUGAAGAUAUUGAAAGUAUGUAAUUAAUCCUAGCCUGCAUUCUCUAAGCUUUGUUUAAUUUAAAUUAUUUAGGCCAAUGGUGGAGUUGAUGUUGGUGGUCUUAUUCUUGCAGAUAUGUUGGACGAGUUGCAGGAUCAUGUUGAGUCCAUUGACAUGGCUAACGGUGAGUGUAUUUACAUUAUCAGCUUGUUAAAUGUGCUUUCAAUUAGAGUUUAAAUGAGUUCAGAACUUAAAAUUUCAAUUUCAGACUGUGAAUUAGUGGAACAUGAGCUUACUGUUUUUCACCAAGUAUGGAUUGGUGCAAGUAUGUGAAUGUGUUUGUUUAGACUUCUUAUCUGGAUGCCUUGUGAUGGAUUACUUUGAUUGAUAUGCUAUUGCAAGAGUUAUCUUGGCUUGUGUUGGAUUGUAAGUGGUUGAUAGUCUUUUGGCCUUUGGUUUGGUCUAGAUGCUUAAUUUUCUCUACUGGAUGUGCAGAUCUUCAUUCAAUUGGGGGGUUGAAUCCUCUAUUAAAUUAUCUGAAGAAUUCUCAUGCUAAUAUCAGAGCAAAAGCUGCAGAAGUUGUAAGCACAAUUGUUCAGAACAAUCCUAAAAGUCAACAACUAGUCAUGGAAGCCAAUGGUCUGGAGCCGCUUGUACACAAUUUUGCUUUGGACCCUGAUGUUACUGCACGCACUAAAGCCCUUGGUGCUAUCUCAUCAUUAAUCAGGCACAACAAGCCCGGGGUUGCUGCAUUUCGUCUUGCUAAUGGUUAUUCCGCCUUAAGAGAUGCAUUGAGUUCUGAGAAUGUCAGAUUUCAAAGGAAAGCGCUGAACUUGAUCCAAUAUCUGUUGCAUGAGAAUGUCUCUGAUGCCAAUGUUGUUACUGAAUUAGGAUUUCCGCGCAUCAUGAUUCAUCUGGCUUCUAGUGAAGAUGCAGAAGUCCGAGAGGCAGCUCUGGGAGGUCUACUUGAAAUUGCCAAAAGCAAAAAGGACCAGGCUGAUAGUCCUUCAAUCGAAAAUGAUGGGAAAUUGAAGGAAUUACUCGAGCAACGCAUUAAAGGGAUCAGUAUAUUGUCGCCUGAGGAACUUGGAGCUGCUAGAGAGGAGAGGCAACUUGUCGAUUCCCUUUGGCAGACGUGUUAUAAUGAACCUUCCUCCCUCCAAGAGAAAGGACUUGUUGUUCUUCCAGGAGAAGAUGCGCCUGAACCACCACCAGAUGUUGCUAGUAAGCAUUUCGAGCCACCGCUUAGAGCAUGGGCUGCGAACCGGAAUGCUGAUGCUCCACCUAGUGCUGAAAAGAAAGAAGAAACUCCUCUGUUACUAGUUGGGGCUCCACCACCAAAUACAAACGAGGAAGAAGAACCUAGAAAUCCUCAGUGAAUCCGAAUACAAACAAGGAAAGUUAGUGUAGUUUUGUUUGACUACCAUUUGCCAGGAGUGUUCUGCUAGGGUGGCUUUCUACAAAAAAAAAAAUUCAUUUUGCUCUGUUUUCACUUUCUUUCUAUUGACGGGGAAUAGAGAAUACAUAGGAGUUUUUAACACUAUUGUAGUUUUAUUUCUUGUUAUGCAAUGGAUGAAAUUUUAAAGCAAAUUAUGAAUUGUGGGCUUUUGUACUACUUGAUUUCGAUUAUACUUUACUACGUGUCUGAUUCAAUAUUUUAGGGAAAAUUUUGAUUAAG